AUUGAUUACAAACAUUGUAUUGAAAUAUAUUAAUAGUAAUUGUUUUGUAAUACUGUACUAACAAACAGUGUAUUAAUAAUUACAUCACUUUUCUUAUCAAUGUUUGUUUUGAAACACAUUUUCCAUAACCAUUGAGGAGAUAAUUAAGAUUAUCACCAAUUAAAUGUCGACAUACAUUACGGCUGGUCUGGCUUUGGCCGCCAUAGGCUUUGGAGGAAGAGCGAUAUUACGGCGAUCACGAGGUUUGACUGAAAUGUUGAACAAAUCUUUGCCUACUUCUGGAUCGUUUACAAAUAGUAAGUACUAUAAGGGAGGCUUUGAAUCCAAAAUGAGUCGACGAGAGGCCGGUCUUGUGCUGGGAAUCAGUCCGUCGGCUACUAAGACAAAGAUAAAAGAGGCUCACAAACGGAUUAUGCUUUUGAAUCAUCCCGACAAAGGUGGAUCACCAUAUUUAGCCGCCAAGAUUAACGAAGCAAAAGAUCUGCUUGAAUCCAACCGAUCCGUAAAAUGAGGACAUUAUUAUCAUUGAGUUUAUAAAUUAUUAUUUAGAUAUCAUUGUAUAUAA